AUGGAAGAUGAACAGAACAAUAGCAUAUCGUUUUUAAAUGUCCAACUAACUAGACGAGCAGAUGGAACAUUAAAAAGAGGGUUACACAGGAAGUCGGCAACAGGACAAUACACCCAUUUCUACAGUGCAGUUCCAACCAGAUACAAAAGGAACUUGAUAAAGAUCUUGACCCACCGUGCCAGAAAGAUUUGCUCGGAAGACACCAUUGAAGAAGAAUCGGCUAAAAUUCGGAACAUACUUAGUACGAAUGGGUACCCUUUGAAAUUCAUUGACGAACACAUGAUGGUGAUGAAACCAAAAGCGAAGAUACCCACGGUCCCUAAUAAAGUACUAUUCAUAAAAUUACAAUCCAUAAACGAUACUACUGAAGAGAUCGUGACUAAGAAACUACGAAGAGCUGUACAAAAAACAUUUAAUGCAGCCAAACUGAAUACUAUCUUCUACAACUACCUCAAAAUAAGAACUCCCAGUAAAGACAAACUUCCUGAAUUCGCCAAAUCUAUGUGUAUCUAUCGGCUCAACUGCUCCUGUGGAGCCAGUUACAUAGGGUGUACAAUUCGGCAAGUUCGUCACCGUAUUACAGAUCAUCCGUCGUGGUUAAAUAAAGGACAAGUAAAAGUGAUUAAAAGUUCUAUUCUCGCUCAUUUGGUUGACACAGGUCACCAAGUUGAAUUGAAUAAAGCUUUUAAGGUUAUCUACCAUAUCCCAUCAAAUUUACCAUAUGGUUUACGAGUGCGUCCUUUGCACAUUUCGGAAGCCAUCGCAAUCCAUGUUCACAAACCUGACCUUUGCAUUCAAAAGAAAUUUGUUCAACCACUUUCGCUACCUUGGCCAUCGGUAUAA